ACAGAUCCAGUAAGAAUGUCCGAUGGAACAACAGUGUUAAUUCCCCCCGAUGGUUCUGGUGCCUUCCAAUCAGGCCAAGGUUUCCCUGGUCUUCAACCAGCAGGGACAGUACAAUAUGUACAGUAUGUAGUAGGCCAGCAGUAUAGAAGCCCCAGCAACCCACCAAAUCAACAAGAGUUGUUGAAGAAACUCCGCAAAGUAGAGUCCAAGGCUCUGGGGGCCAUCCAGAUCAUAAUUGGGCUGAUCUUCAUUGGUUUGGGGAUUAUUGAAAUUAUUCUUUUUGGUCAAUAUUACUUUCCUUUUGCAAGUAUUGUGGCCUAUCCAUUCUGGGGUGGAAUAUUUUUCAUUGUUUCUGGAUCCCUGGCUGUGUCAGCUGAAAACUACCCAAACAGCACCUUGGUGAAAGUGAGUGUGGGAAUGAACAUCACAAGUGCUGUAAUGGCUUUCAUUGGCAUCGUUCUAUACAUAGUACAGCUAGCUAAAAAUAAUAACUUUAAGAGAAAUGACCAGGAUCGUGCAACGAUUGUGGGCCUGGGGGCAGGGACUGUCUUCUCAGAAGCCAAGCAGGCCAUUUGUGCUUUUCCCACAUGGUUUUAUCAAACAUGUUGUUUGCUAUUUCGAUUUGUUUUUGUUGGUUGGUUGGUUUUUGCAGACAAUUCAGCUAUGACAACAGAUCCAUUGAGAAGACAAAAUGGAAUAAUAGCAUUCAUUCUUCCAAAUGGAGCCGACAUAAUUCAGGCAGGCCAGGGGAUCCAUGCUACUGUUGGGCAACCACCAAGAGUGGCACAAUAUAUAGACGAGCAGCUUGGAAGCAACCAACCUGGGCGGAAGCGUUGGGUGAGGGAACUGGAGAAGAAUGUAAAAGUAGAGGCUAAGACUUUAGGGGCCAUCCAGAUCAUAAUUGGAUUGAUAGAAAUUGGCUUUGGGAUAGUCUCAUUUUUUAUUAUGGACACAUUCUAUGUCCCUUUGGCCGAUAGUGCACUUUUUCCAUGCUGGAGUGGAACAUUUUUCAUUGUUUCCGGAUCCAUCUCUGUGUCAACUACAAAAUAUAGGAACCGCUGUUUGGUGAAAUGCAAUGUGGGAGCCCACGUCACAAGUGCUACAGCGGCAACAAUUGGCAUAAUUCUGUACACAGCACAGUUGUGUUUAAAUCAACCCUAUUUUUUCCAAGGCUAUCCUGGUUCUCAUCCAGAGAGAACAUUGCUUUUCAACAAAGUAGGUAACGGGCUUUGUGCUGUGCUUCUCCUGUUCUGCUUGCUGGAGUUCUGCAUCACCGUUCCAACAGCACAUUUCGGGUGUCAGGCAACCUGCUGUAACAAGGAGAUGGACAUGGACCUUGUGCCCAUUGUUAUCGUUGGAGAUGAUGUGGCCCCUGCUGAAAACAACCCAGCUCCACCAACCUAUUCUGAUACAGUGCUUUCUCCAAGUGUUGAGGGUUAGUAAAGAGACAGGUUACGGGAGGUGCUUCACCAGAAAUCCAGCUGAAAUAAAAUUCCAGAAAUAAAAUAAUAUUGAUUC